AUGAAAAGUUAUUUAACUGAAAAACAAUUGCAUGUUUCAUAUCGAUUGAAUGGUUUAGGUUGCUCAACUGAUCCAGAAACGGAUCAAGAAUUGAUAAAUAAUGAUAGUAUAUUGCCAAAUGGUUUACGAAGAAUUAGAGAUGAUAGAUCAAUUUCAUAUAAUGAUAAUAACGAUGGCGGUGUUUCUAAAAAUCUAAACACAACAAAAAUAAUGAAUCACAUAGAUCUUGCAAGAUUCUCAACUGAAUCUUUACACAGUUAUAGUUUUGUCGCAAAUAAUGGUUUAUCGUUAGAAAAUAGACAAAAUAUUCUCUAUCGAUCCAUAGAUUUUAUGAAGAAUAAAAUAAAAGGAUGGAAAUUUCCUAUGAUCCAACAAGCCCCGUUUUCUUCUGUCAGAACUUCCCUUUCUUCUUCCUCUUCUAUCGUUCCAACUGAUAUCAUUCUUCCUUGCGAAUCAAUCAAUUCAAGUUCACUUAAUUCUCCUAGGAAUUUAAAACAAACAUUGAAUGGACUUCCUUCAAUCUAUACUCCUAUGACAUCAUCAACUUUACAUUCUCCAACCAGGUUUACACCUCAAAAUCAAGCUAUAAUAACAACUGAUAAUAAAACCAAUAUAUUAAGUGUUAAUGAUAUCACCUGUCUAGUAUUUGGUUACUCUAGGACUGAAAUAUUAAGUAUUAAGGCGUUGGAAUUGAUUGGUAGCCCAUUUCGUGAAAAAUUGGCUCAAACACUUGCCUCCAGGCUUCAAAAUGAAAUGGAUAAUUCAGAAGCUGUGUUAGCAUGUGGUAGAAUACCAAUUCAAAGAAAAAAUGAAGAAACUUCUGCAGCUUCAUUAUGGUUAAAGGUGAAAAAAGAUGAGUGUGGAAAUUCGGUGUUCAUUUGGAUUUUUGAAGAAAUUAUUGAAUCAACGAUGACUGUCGAAAUUAAUGAAAAGGGAACAAUAUUAAAAACUUCUGGUGAAGUAAAAUCUUUGUACGGAUACGGACUUAAAAUCAUUUCAAUUCCUACAAUUGCUGGUGUUAUAACUUCCCAUGCUACUGGUGUUAUUCAAUCAUGCAAUUCUGACUUUGUUAAAUAUUUGUUUGGUGUUGGCGCACAAGAACUAAUUGGAAAAAAAAAUAUUGAUAAAUUGUUACCACAAUUUCCUCAUCUUUUAAAAUUUUUGGAAUCAGAAAGUGGGCUUGUCGAAGGAAUUGUGAUUUCCGAAAAUGCUUUUCGAAGAGCUGCUGCAUCAUCAUCGGUUGCUACUUCUCCUACAAAUCUAUUCCUUUACAAUACCCAUCAAAGAGAUUAUUCAUCUGCUGCCAGUAUAACAUCAACAUCAUCAACGUCAUUUCCUUUUUCAUCUCAUAGCCCUUCGGGUAUAAUUGCUGUACAUAGAGAUGGUACAGAAUUUGAUGUUGAUAUACAAAUGCGUGUUUUGGAAGCUCCAGAUGAACCAUUACACGCAUUAUGGAUUACUUAUGAUCUAGAAGAAAGAAAGGAAGAGGGAGAAGAAGAAGAAAGUUUUGGUUUGUCUAAAUUCAUAGCAGCUGGUGGCAAACCAUCAUUAUCAGGAAAAUUAUCAUCAGUUGAAAGUCAUCAAAUCAUCACUCCGCCUUCAAUAUUACCUAAUUCUGGCUCCUUUGAUAAUAUAAGAUAUUCGGCAUUAACUCUGUCAAAAUCUAUUAAUGAUUUUCAAAUAAUUGGUAUUUUGGGUAGUGGAGCUUAUGGUGAAGUGAAAUUGGCAUAUAAUAAAAAUGAUCCAGAAAAGAAAAAAGUUGUUCUUAAAUAUGUUAUUAAAUCUCGUAUACUUGUUGAUUGUUGGACAUGUGACCAAAUAUUGGGUACUGUUCCAUUAGAAAUUCAUAUACUUCAUACAUUAAGAGGCAUUCCAAAUCCCAACAUUGUACAAAUGGACAAAGAUCACUAUUACAUUGAAAUGGGAUUACAUGGUGCCGGGAUGGAUUUAUUUGACUAUAUAGAACUUAACACUAAAAUGCCCGAAUCCGAAAUAAAAUCUAUAUUUCGUCAAAUUGCAAGAGCUAUUCAACACUUGCAUAAUCAUAAAAUUGUACAUCGUGACAUUAAAGAUGAAAAUGUGAUACUUGAUGAAAAUAACAAUAUUCAAUUGAUAGAUUUUGGAUCUAGUGCAUAUAUAAAAGAAGGUAAGAAAUACGAUACUUUCUGUGGAACUGUUGAUUAUGCUGCUCCCGAGGUAUUAAUCGGUAAAAAAUAUGACGGGCCACCACAAGAUAUUUGGGCAUUAGGAAUAUUAUUAUACACGCUUAUAUAUAAAGAAAAUCCAUUCUAUAAUAUUGACGAAAUUAUUGCCGGAGAUUUAAGAAUUCCAUAUAUACUGUCCGAGGGAUCAAUUGAUCUUGUCAAAAAAAUGCUUGAACGUGAUGUUGAUAGACGUCCAAAUAUGGACGAAAGAUUUUCUUCAACAUAG